CAGGCCCCGCCCCCAGGGAGCAGCGCAGCGAGCGGGGCCCCGCCCUUCCUGCCUGGGAGGGAGGGGUCGGGGGCGGUGGCCGGGGCCAGACGGGAAGAUGGCGGACCUGGAGGAGCAGCUGUCCGACGAGGAGAAGGUGCGUAUAGCAGCAAAAUUCAUAAUUCAUGCUCCUCCUGGGGAAUUCAAUGAGGUGUUCAAUGAUGUUCGAUUGUUGCUUAAUAAUGACAAUCUUCUCAGGGAAGGAGCAGCCCAUGCAUUUGCACAGUACAACUUGGACCAGUUUACUCCAGUAAAAAUUGAUGGUUACGAUGAACAGGUUUUGAUAACAGAACAUGGUGAUAUGGGUAAUGGGAAAUUUUUGGAUCCCAAGAACAAGAUUUCUUUUAAAUUUGAUCACUUAAGAAAGGAGGCUACUGAUCCUAGACCCCAUGAAGUUGAAAAUGCCAUAGAAUCCUGGAGAAAUUCAGUUGAAACAGCAAUGAAAGCCUAUGUGAAAGAGCACUACCCAAAUGGUGUCUGCACAGUGUAUGGUAAAACAAUUGAUGGACAGCAGACCAUUAUUGCAUGCAUAGAGAGCCAUCAGUUCCAAGCAAAAAAUUUUUGGAAUGGCCGUUGGAGGUCAGAAUGGAAGUUUACAAUCACUCCUUCAACCACUCAAGUGGCUGGCAUCUUGAAAAUUCAGGUUCACUAUUAUGAAGAUGGUAAUGUUCAGCUGGUGAGCCAUAAAGACAUACAAGAUUCUCUAACAGUGUCUAAUGAAGCCCAGACAGCGAAGGAAUUUGUAAAAAUUGUAGAGGCUGCAGAAAAUGAAUAUCAGACUGCUAUCAGUGAGAAUUAUCAGACUAUGUCGGACACUACUUUCAAAGCCUUGCGUCGACAGUUGCCAGUUACCCGCACCAAGAUUGACUGGAACAAGAUCCUUAGCUAUAAGAUUGGAAAAGAGAUGCAGAAUGCUUAAAGUGAACAUUGCAUGACUGGAUCAUUUUAGUGUCCGUGUAUACAAAUAAAAAUUAUUACAAAAAGUAUUUGGAACUGUCAAAUCACCCAGUCAGCAUGGGCUUUUGCCAUUGAAAUCACUGUAAGUAGUUUGGUUAGAGCACAGAGCUUAGCUAAAUGACUUUUUUCCUUUUUCUUCCUUUUCAGAGGGUUGCAACUUCAGUAUAGCUGAAUAUCUUCCUUUAGAAUUUCUGUUGUACCUUUAUUUUUUUAUAAUGAAGAGACCAUGCCUUUAGUUUUCAAUUACACAUCAAGAACAGUUUGAAAAAUAUUUUUGCAUAUGAUAACCCUUUCUUUUGCUUUCAUGUGAAAUAGACAACUUCCAAAAUUUGCUGGAUUCUUUGUGGAGAUCAGUAAUGUGCAUUUCUAGGUCAAGGUCGACAUGGAGUUAGCCAUAGGUGCUCUUUUGAAAUCAUCUAUCUUUUCAUUGUGUGUAAAACUGGGAAAAGCAUUUUCUAUAUCAUUUAAACCUUUAAGAACACUUAUUAGCUAGCUCCAUGGUAACUAAUUUUUUAAAAAAGAAAAGGCCAAGGUCUAACCCUGUUUUAACAUUUUGAAAUUAAAUAAAAGUACUUAUUCAGAAAUGCAUUUAAUGCUUUGUUCCUGAAAAUUACUUAAAUGAGCUCAAACUCAAUUUGCCCUUGAGGUUUUUUGGUUUUUUUUAUCAUGAAGCUACAAAUGUAUUAUAACAAGGCAUAUUGUAAUAUAUAUAAUCCUGUACUCAUUACUAUGUCUGUCAGUUUAUUUUUUUUCUUGGAUUGAAAUGUACUAAAAUUCAAUGUGACAUUAAAAUGCAAAUUUUCUAUUUAUUUGAGUAUCAGAUUGCUUUCUGAUAUAGCCUGGUUUCGGUGUUUCUCUAUAUUUUUAAAAUACUGCUUAAAACAGCCACAAACUGGUGGCUUGCUGGCUAUUCUCAGUAUAUUUGCAGAUUGUUGUAAUAUAAUCAUCCAUUGUUUCCAUCUGCAUUUAAGAAACAGCUGCAUGUGGAAGUCUACUUAAAACAGGUAUCUUUCAGCUUCAUUUUGGCUACAGAGGAUGGAAGAAAUUACAAGACCAAAAAUAGCACAUUUGUCUGGAGAAUACUUGCCCUGUCUGAUGUAUCUUGUACUGAAAAUAGACACCAGGUAUCUAAAAACACAAACUCCAUUACAAAUGCUGUAUAACAUUUCUGUGAAAUGCAUUGAUGUCAUUUUUAAUCAGAUAAAAACCUGUUUUAAAAUAUACUACCUAAUAAUGUGCUCAUGAUAGAAAAGUAAACCAGUAAAGCUUACACAAAGGCUUUAUAUCUUUGUUUACAGCAUGAUCCAAUUAAUUACUUUGAACUGUUAAGUUACAGCAUAGCAAGAGAAAGAGCUUAGGCUUGUACGGAGUAUAAAAAUGUACAGACAAAGCAGUUUACUAGUUGAGUUGUAAUAGCAGUACCCCUGCGUUCUGUGCUUCAGUGCUCUCAGAAAGGGGUAUAGAAUUAACUGUAUUUCUUAAAUUGCUGCUACUUUACAGUACUAAACUGUAUAGUAGAAGAGUAGGAUUUGAUCUACCGCAGUCUUCCGGGAGAGUUCCCUCUUCAUCGUCUUUGUAGAUCAGCUAUUGAACCACAUUGUUCUUUAAAAGAAGGCUUAUAUAAUAGCUGGAUGUGAGCUAAUAACAGAUGCUGAGACCACGUCAGUCUUAACUAAGAUCUAAAUACAAACCUUGUUUGAAAAAUUUCUUUCAACAUAUUUAAGAACAAGCUAAAAAUAAAAGACGGCGAAUGGACAGUUAGGAGAACUGUUAAUGGGCAACAACAGUGCAAAUAGCUUUUCUAGCUGUUAGAAUAUCGUGUAUGACCAGAAUCAGCACUGGCUAAAAGUCAGAAUGCUAUUUUUCUUACCUGAAAUAAAAAGCUAGUUUUAAAUAUAUUCAUAAUAAAGAGGUAUUUUACUGUGAAGUACUCUAUUACUGUGUUUCUGCUUAUUCGGUCCUGUGAUAGUCUUAAUUCCUUAUCUUCAAAGAAUAGCAUCCUACAGGUUCAGUUCUACCAGUAGGUGAACAUAAGGAGAUUUGUAUUACUUUUCUUUUUUCCUGUUGUGUUAAUUUUCAGUCUGUGGGAUAACUUUACACCUUGAACGUCGAAUUAAGUUAUAGCUUCAAUAAAGCAAUUUAUAAGUAAA